UUCGUACCGGCAAAGAUCCCGAGGAAGCGGAGGUUGCAGAUGUUGGCUGUGGCGGUUUGGUCGGUGUCGAUUGUUAUCACUACUGUUGCGUUUUUGUACGUUUGCUCCAUCCCCCCGUUAUGGCCGUUCUUGGCUGUGUAUCUCUUCUGGGUGCGAUGUAUUGACAAGAGUCCUGAGAAUGGGGGACGGACGAGUCAGUGGUUCCGGUCUUUGAGCUUUUGGAAGUAUUUUGCGGAUUAUUAUCCUGCUUCUAAUGUCGAUACAUGCGUGCAGGAAGCGGAUUUGCCGCCAGAUCGUCCGUAUGUGUUUGGGUAUCAUCCUCACGGUAUGGGCGCCUUGGCGACAUUCGCGACUGAAGCCACCGGGUUCUCAGCUGCCUUUCCAGGAAUCAAGCCCCACCUCCUGACACUCGCCUCGAACUUUCAGAUGCCGUUUUACAGGGAUAUAUUGAUGGCAUUGGGGGUAUGCAGCGUCAGCAAGCAGUCGUGCUCUAACAUCCUCAAGGCGGGUCCGGGAUCGGCGAUCACGAUUGUUGUUGGGGGUGCUGCGGAGAGUUUGAGCGCGCAUCCGGGGACGGCGGAUUUGACGCUGAGACGGAGAUUGGGGUUCAUCAAGCUUGCGAUUCAACAUGGCGCCGAUUUGGUCCCUGUGUUUUCGUUUGGUGAAAAUGAUAUAUACCAACAAAUGCCGAAUCAGCGGGGGACCAUGAUAUAUGCGUUCCAGCGCAAGUUUCAGUCCAUUUUUGGGUUUACUUUACCGCUGUUUCAUGGGAGGGGGUUGUUGAAUUAUAACGUGGGAUUGAUGCCCUACCGACGACAGAUCGUCGCUGUCAUUGGUAAACCCAUUCGUGUAGAACGGUGCGAAAAGCCGACGCUGGAACAACUGACGAAGGUGCAGCAACGAUAUAUAGACGAAUUAACUCGAAUCUGGAACACAUAUAAAGACACGUUCGCAAAGGCGCGUUUGAGGGAGCUGAACAUUAUAGAUUAAGCUCGUCAUUUGUUCUCUGGGUGAUGAUGGAUUUCUUUCGAGGCUGAUGGUUGAUUUCGAUUUCGAAAUUGAUGAUGGGGUUUUUUUUAUUUUUUAUUGGGCUACACUAGGCCCUUCCCUGCUAAAUAUCUUGCAAUCCGUGACUAUUGGAAGCGUUAUAGUACGUACGAUAAAUUCUUGGUACAUUAAGAUUAGAUUACAUAGAUGUUCUUUUUUCGUUGGAGCAUCGUAAUCUAAUUUAGAUCUCCCUC